AUGGCAGCCGAUCAGGGAGCGACAGCAGCUGAGGUUCCCCAGCUUGAGGCUACUAAAGAAUGUGAGGCCAAAUCUGAAGAGGCAGCCGAUGUCUCUGAAUUCUCGGAAGGGCAGGGGUUGAUUGGACUCCUACCAAGCCACCAAAACGGAGCCCUCCAGACCUCUGUCACCCCAGACCCCCAAGCUUGCGGAAAAGCAAAGGAUGAGACCCCUAGAGAGGGGUUUCUUGGCGAUGAGGCCGAACGCCAACGCUUCCGGCAGUUGUGCUACCAGGACGCCAAGGGACCCCACGAGAUCUGCAGCCGGCUGUGGUAUCUCUGCCAUCGGUGGUUGAAGCCGGAGAAACACACCAAGGAGCAGAUCCUAGAGCUCGUCAUUCUGGAACAGUUCCUGGCCAUUCUGCCACCAGAGAGCCAGGACUGGGUCCGGGAAGGCAGGCCAGAGACCUGCGCUCAGGCAGUGGCCCUGGCUGAGGAUUUCCUGCUGAGGCGAUGCGAGUCCAGGCCAGAGCAGCAGGCUCUGGGAACAUUGGAGGAAGUUGCAGUGAGCGUCUUUGAAGCAGACCGGAUGUUGUCGGAUGCUGCGGAGAGAUAUCCCUGCCGAGAGAUCAAGCAGGAAAAUGAUGGGGAUGAUGUUGUGCUAGGCAUUGGCUGUGAGAGAGCAAUUGAUGGGGACCCACAUGGAGCAUUGCUGGAAAGAAGCAAGCUUCAAGAUACGGAAGAAUAUGUUGGGAAACUUGAUGGACCGAAGAGGCAACAGAAGAACAAAGCAGAGAAGUCGAAGGAGAAAUCUAAUAUGUUUCCCACUGAAUUUAAAGUCAAGCAGAAGUUACAUGAAGGAAAAGGAAGGAUCCACACAGGUGAGAAACCGUACCAGUGCUUCGAUUGUGGGGAAAGCUUCAACCAGCGAACGAUCCUGAUCUCGCACCAGCGGAUCCACACGGGAGAGAGACCGUAUUGGUGCUCAGAUUGCGGCGAAAGCUUUCGGGACAAGUCAAGCUACAACAGGCACCAGAGAAUCCACACUGGAGAGAAACCCUAUAAAUGUCUGGACUGUGGCGAAAGCUUCAGUCAGAGCACCACCCUCAUUAGACACCGAAGGGUUCACACUGGUGCAAUGGCACACAAAUGCCCAGACCAUGUGGAAUCCUUACAUGGAGAGAGCACUUUCUGA